AUGGGAAACAGCAAAAGUGGUGCCCUUUCCAAGGAACUCCUGGAUGACCUGAAGCUGAAUACUAAGUACACAGAAGACGAGUUGUGUAAGUGGUAUGACAGCUUCAGAAAACAGUGCCCCAGCGGCAAGAUCACCAGGACGGAAUUUGAAAAGAUCUACUCCAACUUCUUUCCCCAGUCUGAUGCCAAGGCCUAUGCACAGCAUGUCUUCCGCAGCUUUGACACCAAUGAUGACGGGACACUGGACUUCAAAGAGUAUAUCAUUGCGCUUCACCUGACUUCCUCAGGGAAAACAGCACUGAAGCUCGAGUGGGCCUUUUCCCUCUUUGAUGUAGACAGGAAUGGACAAAUCAACAAGCAGGAAGUCCUGGAAAUUGUAACGGCCAUAUUUAAGAUGAUACCUCCUGAGGAGCAGAAGACACUGCCUGAAGAUGAAAACACACCUCAAAAAAGAGCGGAUAAACUCUGGAACUACUUCAAAAAGAGAGAAAAUGAUAAAAUUUCAGAAGGGGAGUUUAUAGAAGGAGUGCUGAAGAGUGAUGAUAUAUCCAGGCUGAUCCAGUAUGAACCAAAGAGAAAAUAGAGAUAUUCCAAGAUUUUUAUAGAAGCAUCCGGAACCUUGUAGAAUUCAAUGCCUGUUCAAGACAAUCACCUAGCUAAUGAAAAAUUAGUUUAAUAAAUUAAUCUAUUUGUUUGUUGUCAUAUAUGAGGUGUUUCUCUUUAAAUGUUGAUUGAUUGAAAUGUACUUAGGAUAAUAAGCAGUUUUUCAGUGAUGUGAUUUACAUGCACACUCUUGCAUGUGCACACGCACGUGAGCACACACACACACACACACACACACACACACACACACACACACACAGAAUCACGCACAUAAAGAGUUAAAUGUGGAUUAUUGAAAAAUGUUGGACCUUUUUUUUUUAAUAUAGUGUAUGAAUAGUAAGAAUGUGGGCCU